AUGCCACUUCUCGAGCUUGAGCCCAGUAUUUCUGGUGUUGCAGAAAGUCCAGCUGCUACUAGAUCUCAUGUUAACACAAAAAUUAUUAUGGACAAGUCCACAGUUCAUGCCGAGCCACCCAGGGAGUCGACGACUAAGAACAUGGACCCUACCUUCGAAUCUGGAUCAGUUGCAAAUCAAAAUCAAUCCACACCAUCACAGCUGCCUUUUUUACGCGAAUCUUUACGCCCGAUUACACUCAAGUUUGAGGAUUUGGCUUACACUAUAAACUUGCAAUCUGGAGAUGACCAUUGUUUUACUUCACCUGAAUCAAAGAGAACCCGGACCCUUCUCAAUGGAGUUAGUGGAGUAGUCCGACCAGGGGAAUUACUAGCCAUGCUUGGACCAUCAGGGAGUGGAAAAACCACCUUACUAACUGCCCUUGGUGGUAGACUUCCCGGAAAGACUUCGGGCAGCAUAACCUACAGUGGCCAGCCCUUCUCAAGCUCGGUGAAAAGAAAAAUUGGAUUUGUAACACAAGAUGAUGUAUUAUAUCCACACCUCUCGGUUUUAGAAACUUUAACCUAUGCUGCGCUGUUGAGGUUGCCUAAGAAUUUGACCCUAGAAGAGAAAGUAGAGCAAGCUGAGCUGAUCAUAGUGGAACUCGGGCUAAGUAAGUGCCGUAAUAGCAUCGUGGGAGGGCCACUUAUACGUGGGGUUUCAGGUGGGGAGAGAAAGCGGGUUAGUAUUGGACAAGAGAUGUUGGUGAACCCCAGCCUUUUGCUUUUGGAUGAGCCCACAUCUGGCCUGGACUCCACCACGGCUCUACGGCUAAUGGCCACAUUGAAAGGGUUGGCUCGUGGAGGGAGGAGUGUGGUGACCACGAUCCAUCAACCAUCAAGUAGGUUGUAUUGGAUGUUUGAUAAGGUCGUCGUGUUAUCUGAUGGCUUCCCGAUUUACAGUGGGCAGGCUAGCCGGGUUAUGGAGUAUCUUGCUUCCAUUGGGUAUGUGCCCGGGUUUAACUUGAUGAAUCCUGCUGAUUUUCUGCUUGAUCUUGCCAAUGGUGUGGCUCCUUCUACAAACCCAGAGGAUCAUCAACAAUAUAAUCAAGGUAGACCGGAAGAUCGCAACUCAGUGAAACAGUUCCUAAUAUCUUCUUACAAGAAAACCCUUCACCCCCUCAUUAAGGACGACAUCCAUAGAAAUAUCCAUGACACAACUCGUGCUAUUGGAGGACCAAAAUCUUCAAGACGUUGUGACAACAUAUGGACCACAAGUUGGUGGACACAAUUUAAAGUGUUGUUCAAAAGAGGUCUGAGAGAGAGGAGGCACGAAUCGUACUCGGGUUUACGAAUCUUCCAAGUGAUGUCUGUCUCAAUCUUAUCAGGUCUUCUGUGGUGGCAUUCUGAUACAUCACACUUGCAAGAUCAGGUGGGACUUCUCUUCUUCUUUUCAAUAUUUUGGGGGUUUUACCCUCUAUCCAAUGCCAUAUUCACAUUCCCUCAAGAGCGGCCAAUGCUAACAAGAGAACGAUCUUCUGCAAUGUACCGUCUAUCCUCUUAUUACUUCGCUAGAAUGGCAGGGGACUUGCCGAUGGAACUCGUUCUCCCGACAGUUUAUGUAACAAUUACCUAUUGGAUGGGUGGCCUCAAACCUUCACUCACCACAUUUGUGCUAACAGUUCUAAUCAUUCUUUUCAACGUGCUCGUGUCACAAGGACUUGGACUAGCCCUGGGAGCCAUACUUAUGGACCUAAAACAAGCAACCACCUUAUCAUCAGUGAUCAUGCUAGUAUUUUUACUUGCAGGUGGUUACUAUAUUCAACAAAUUCCAUCAUUCAUCAGUUGGUUGAAAUACAUCUCAUUUAGCCAUUAUUGUUUUAAGCUGUUAGUGGAAGUGCAAUACAGCGAAAAUGAGGUUUAUAGGUGCGGGAUAGGCACUGAGUGUAGGGUUGUAGAUUUUCCAGGGAUCAAGUAUCUGGGUAUCGGUCACUUGUGGUGGGAUGUGGCCGCUUUGGGUGUAAUGUUGGUUGGGUACAGGCUUCUGGCUUAUGUAGCACUGAGGAUGAGCAAAUCUCACUAAUUCAUUAGCCUCGAAUUCUACUUGUUUGUGUCAAUAAAUCCAAAAGUAAUUAAGAGAAAAAGAAAUGAUAAUAUU